CAAAUUUACCGCGUGGAAUCUGUCGUCUGGUAUUCGUCAGGGUGGCUUAGGUGGUGUGCGGGUGUCUGUGGGUGUGUGUGUCCAAGCGAGCCAACAAUACAGCUGUCCGUCAUGGGAUCAAACCAUUUGGAACCAAUAAGAGAUCAGCCACGACUUUAAAACACUUUUUAUCGUUCAAAUAAAUCCAAGACACAGCAGGACGAAAGAAAAAUCUCGUGCAACGGAUUCGAAAUAUCCAAGUCAGAGCCAAGUCGUAGUCAGACACGUAGUCAGGCACGCAGGCAGGCAGACCUCGCGUCAUAAAACUUGGCUGUCUAUGGCGGAAACGACCUAAGACACGCGCGAACCAAGAUGAGUAUCCGAUGUACGUGAACAGAAGAAGAUAGGAAGGUAGAUGAUAUUAUAGGAUUGGAUCGGAUAGUGAAGUCAGGACGGAGAAGAUGGUGUACAGAGGCAGCUUGCAGACGGAUGAUCCGCGGGAUGCGCCCAGGUUGGUCAGAAUAUCGCCGCUCCGAACCAGUAGACCGGGCAAUUCUGUGGCCAAUUCACGGCCGGGUGGCUCUGUUAACAGCCCGGUGUAUCAUGGUCAGUUUGUGCCAGCAAUCGACGUUCAUCGAGCCAAAUUGAUCGAAGAAAGACGCUUGGGUCGUGAAAGAGACAUCGUAUCCGUAGAGAAGGUUAUUAUGAGGACGACUGGCUUGAAGGUCACCGCGCCAAGGUUGCGGAACAUGAAUCAGAUACGAGAUACGGUAUUCGUCGAGCCUACUAUGGAGAUACCGAUAGAGAAGAUCGGCCGGCGAACGGACAGAGAUCGGCCAAGAACCAUAGCAGUCGAUAGUUACAACAGGUCUACGAAGAUGGCAAGUUCCAUGUUGGCCGAUUUGAAGGAUCUAGAAAGACUGAGAAAUAGCCCGGCCGCGCAGAGAUGUUCCAGGACAGGAAAUAGUAGCGAAACGACGAAUAUUCGGUCCGCGGUACCGAAUAAAAAAACCGAACUGUCGAAUUCAGCGAAAAUUCGAUCGGAUAUACGAAAAAUACAGGAAAUGUUUCAAACAGCCGAAACAGCAAAUUCGCCGGCAACGGCAACGGCAACGGCAACGGCAACGUACGCACACGAGAAAAGAUUAGGCAAGAGAAACGAAUUCGUGAAACAGGAGAAGAAACUGGGAACGGAAAUGAACAAAACGAGAUUAUUGGCUCAGAAGCUGUUUGAGGCAUCACGGGGUAACCGAGAGGCACUCAAAGAUCGCUACGGCAACUCGAGGAACGUCUCCUCGAAUAAACAACCGAGCAAACAUAUCAACACCAAAUUGCCGAGUAAAAUAUCGUCGCAAACGAGUAUCGUGGAUGCCGAUCAACCGGGAAUCGAAACAAGUGAAAAGCAACUGGAGGAAGCACAUCCGCGUCCUCCGGAACGGAAAAGAAAGGAAAAGAAAAAUAUACUCGGUAGCGACGCGAACGAUACAACUGUCACCGAUAAUAUCGCAAAAAAGGAAAAGGCAAAGAUUGUUCGACCUGAUAGCGAAGCCCGAUCUUCAGUAUCGUCAUCCAAUCGGAACGUGUACUUGAAUUUGAAUUCCGAAUGUGUAGGAGACGAUUCGAAAGAGUCGAGAACCAAGGAGCUCGAUAGACCAGAUAUCUUGAAUGGAUUAUUAAAGGAGUCUGACAAACAACUGGCAGAUCUGAAAUUCGAUUUCAACCAGAGGGGAAGAUCGAGGAAUCAGUGGAGAGGAUUCGUGCAAUCUAUGAGACUGCACGACGUUGAACUUGAUUCCGAUAGCGAGGAUCAGAAAAAAGACUUGAAUCUAUGGAACAAGAGUAUCAGUCAGCGAUGGAGAAAACUCCGAAGAAGGUGUUCCGUGCAGGAAACUUCGGAGCCUCAAGAAGCUCUUAUACAAGGUGGAACGACUCAGGCUGGUGUAAUUCAACCGGUCAGAUCCAGCCCAGCUAGCAGAGAAUCCUCUCCGGCUACGAAGAGUCUUCACGAUGCCGAUUCACCCAAGAAAUUCUUACAGACUAGCUCUCUAAGACUGCCAGGCACCAACAAGGGUAUCGCCGACAUUCAGCAUGUUUUGCGGAACAAAUUCAGCAAAAUAAACGCCGGUAUCCGAAAACGAAAAGCUCUGAGCGUGGCUGAGGUGUUCUCGCCGAAGGAGACCGUGUCGAAUUUUUACGUGCCGAGUCCGUUGACCUCGUCGUCCAGUCAACACUUGGACGGUGACUGCUACGGGUCCGAAUGCACCGAGCCGACAUCUCUUCCGCCUUAUCCGUUUCACGAGAACCUCGAAACGUUGGAGGAGGGAAGCCUACCAAACACCACGAACUGCACUAGCCCGUUGGCAAAUACUAACAAAAAGUUGACGUACUCGCGAACCAACAGCGUCUGUGAUUCCCCGAUUCCGAGUCGCGAUCAAACUUGCAAAGACGUUUACGAGGACGUGUUGUUCGCUUCCGCCUCUACCUCUACCUCUGCCUCUGCCUCUGCCUCUGCCUCUGCCUCUGCCUCUGCAUCUGCAUCUGCAUCUGCAUCUGCAUCAUCGGGAUAUUGUCCACGAUCCAGGGCUCUCUUGCAACGUAGCAAUUCUGAGAAUCGCGAUACCGGAAAACACCGUCAUCACCAUCACCAUCAUCAUCACCAUCACCAUCGCCACGAUGGUCAUGACCCCCAAGAUCCUUCGUACGAAAACGUGCGUUUUCAACGGGGCUACGGAUCGGAAUUUUCGUCGUUCGUUGUUCCACAUACGGACAGACAUUUGGCGCAAACCAACUCCGAGACUAGAGAUCACCAUUCCUAUGAAAAUGUCCAUUUUCCGAGAAACGACAAGGACGGGGAGUCUUCGUUCGAUGAGAUUCACAUACCGAGGGUGACACCUCGCAAGAGAGUGACCGACUUUAAAGUAGGAGGUCAGGUGAGCAAUUACUCGAAUGGAUCCGAGUUAGGCUGCUCCUCUUGCCUGGUCAGAGAGGACGGGCCUUCCAGUUUGGGAUCCGAGAAAAGUCCUGGCAAGAAGACUACGAGAAGAAUCAACAGCAGAAGCGUCGCCAAUAUUCCUAGUUCUUCCGGGUCCGGUUUGAAGACUUGGCAAGGUAUUCAAGACACAGACGAAGGCUUGAAUACCGACUCCGAACUCGAAGACAUCGACGAAGCUGGCGAGGGUGAAGAGUCAAAAUUCUGUACUCUACCAAGGCCUGGCAAGGGUGGCGCGUCAUUCACGAUAUUAACUGCCAGAUUUUAUAAGGGUCCCGGUCUUAAAGGACUCGGUUUUAGUAUCGUUGGCGGCACCGACAGUCCGCGAGGGAACAUGGGAAUCUAUGUGAAAACCGUCUUUCCUAACGGCCAGGCCGCCGACCUUGGAACUGUCAAAGAAGGAGACGAAAUUUUGUCGAUAAAUUCAAAACCACUCGACGGUAUGACACAUGCCGAGGCAAUCGCCGAAUUCAAGGCGGUAAAAGCCGGAGACGUAGUUUUACACGUUGGGCGUCGCGUGAACAAAAAGAAAAGGGAUUCUCUGACUUUACCACCGGUAGGUCCUCCUGCGUCACGUCAACAAAUCAAAUGAACUAUUUCAUCUUUUGAUGCAACAUUUUGCGCAAAACCCUUACGUCUUCGUUCCGUAUUUAGACGUUGCUGAUACGUACUCGCGUAAACACCACUCUCUUCGCUCCAUAUAAAAGGACGUAUAAAUAAUGAAUAUUUCACAUAUGUUGCUUUUCAACGCCGUACUACGAUAUCGUAUUAUUAUUGCUGGCAAUAAUAACAUCAUGAUUUUUUAUCGUGUUUCAUAUGUGCAACAAAAAAUUUUCUUACGUUCGUGACUUGAAUACUCGCGUCGCGAGUCGUGACGCGACGCGACGUGGCUGGAUUAGAAGAAAGAGGCGAAUGUCUUGUAGUCAAACAGCGAUGUACAAAAAUCGAAAUACUGUAUAUGUAAUCGAAUAAUGUUAUAUUCGAUAUUUAUCGAUAAUCUUUAUUAAUCAAUCAUUCCCUUAAAGUCCCCUUAAAGUUACCUGAAAUGGUUCGCUUAAGACUCUGGCUUUCGUAACUCUUUCUCAUGUUGCAUUUUCCAGAAUUUACUCGUACUUUUAACUGCCCCCGUCUUCGUCCUUGGUGGAGUAAUUCUACUUUUGUAAGCAAUCACGAUGAUUAAAAUUGAUCAAACGACGUACUCGUGGGUACAGAAGAAUCAACGUACUCCGCGAUUUAGUAACUAGCAUGCGAUGAUUUAUUUUUGUAAAACGAGAUUCGUUGUAAAAAGUACCGAUAUCACGUACGAUUCGCAGCAGAUGUUGCUCGAAUAUCGUAAUAUCGAACACACAUCGACGUAUCAACGAAUUUAUAGAAUGAUCGGUCGAUUCGAUAAACGAUCAACGCGACGCGACGCGACGCGACGCGACGCCUUCGAUGAAUCCGCAGUCCGAAUGGCCUGAUCUAACAUGACGCGCGUAACAGGAUUCUCAAAGUUUUCCAUGUUGUCGCAAUUAAAGAUCAAAUUAUUUUUUAACUAUGCAUAGAAUUAACGAUGUUUGCCCAAAGAUCGAGUCCAAAAAAUAUUUUUACUACAAGACGAAUGAAACGAACAUGAAAAAAAAAACGCAUAUCUAAAGAACUGUAUACAGUAAAGACUGGAUAGAAAAUCGGGAGAAAGAGGUCCGAGGAAAAAAGCAGUCGGCAGAAGCGUAUCAAUCGGUUAGGAUCAUAUUACACUGUCCGCUCGCCAAGCGUUGUCAUCGAGCGUCAAGAGGAGACCCCAUCCCUCCGCCCCUAGUGGAAAUAGUCAUCUGGCAUUUAUCCAGUCUUUACUGUAUAUAUUUUGACUGGAUCAGAAGAACACGUAUUUACUUUAAGGAGAAAAAAUGUUAUUAGUAUCUAGUCCACUUGUAAUAUUUCGUUUCGAGAAAAUAUUUUCAAUCUUGUGUACUUUUUAUUUUAUAAAUAUAUCCGUAUAUAGUAUCGAGAAGAAAACGAGAAGAAAAAUAUAUAUAUAUA